UUUUUUUUUUUACAGUGAAGAAUCCUGAAAGAAUUUCCACAAAAAUAUUAAGCAGCAAAAGCUGUUUUCAACAUUGAUAACCUUAAUUAAUAAUUGAGCACCAAUGAUUGAUAUUAAUUCAGCAGCAAAUCAGCAUGUGACACUGAAGACUGGAGUAAUGAUGCUGAAAAUUCAGCUUUGAUCACAGCAAUAGAUUACAUUUUAAUAUAUAUUCCCAUAGAAAACAGCUAUUUUAAAUUGUAAAAAUAGUUCACAAUAUUACUGUUUUAUUGCAUUUUUAAUCAAAUAAAUGCAGCCUCGGUGAGCAGAAGAGUCUUCUUUCAAAAACAUUUUAUUCCAAUUAUUCCAAACUUUCAACCAGUAAUGUAGAAGGAGAAUUUUUGAAGACGUCUCCACGCAACAACAGUUUCAUUUCAACAACAUGGCUUCAGAAGUGUGCUUGAAUUAUAGCAUCUCUACUUUUAUAAUAUUUUUAUAUUGUUUUUGGAUUCUUUUGGGAUCCUAACAGUCAUGGUCACUAUAAACUGUCGCAUGAAGAAAAAAAAAGCAGCAUUAAGAUUCUUCAGAAAUUCUCCUUUAGUUUCUCCCUUUAUUACAUUAAUCAGAUGAUUUUGAUCAUGAUUUCUCUUGUACAGUGCUCUGCCCCACCUAGAGAGAGGCUGGUCUCUGCAGCGUCCCUGGAGGGAGUUACUCAGUGUUCCUCAGAUUUGACCUUCUUCUCAAUGUCUGUCGCUCACUGCAGAACUCAGUUCUUCUGUACUGAUGUGAUGGUCUGUAUUUUGCAUGUUUUACUGCACAUUUUGCAGUAUUCAGUGUUUGUGUGUUUGCAGGUUUGUGUGUUCAGCAACUGGAGGAUCUGGAUUGUAGGACUUGUCUCAGUGUAAAUGUCCACCUUAUUUUGCAGGUCAUUUCUGUGAAUGUGUGAGACUUCUGAUUCAUUAGCCGCUAUUGGUAAAUAUAUACAAGAAUCACAACAUGCAGUCAACAGUAAAACUAUUUGCACUACAAUCCAGUGCAUUUAAGACUGUGAUAAUAAAUUAAAAUGAUAUGAUAACAAAUACCAGUUUGAAAUAUCAAACAGAAUACUAGACUGCUUUAAGGGCUAAAAUAGCAGGACAUGAAUGACACCGAAAGCCUCACACAUUCAAGUUAAAAAUGGCUGAAUCCGUUCUUACAGUAAAAACAAGGUGGACAGUAUUAAUGUUCUAAUGCAGCGCGAGUCCCAUCAGAGAGAUGUGGGUUAGUAAAGUUAUUACCGUCCCAUGGUAAGCAGCAGUUUAUCCAUGUACUGCAUGAUCUAAAUCAGUGGUUCUCAACUGGUGGCUCACAACCCCAAAAUUUAGCUGCUGACCUGUUUAAUAAAUACUAAAUAAUAUUAGGAAUAUAUAAAUCAUUAAGAAUAGUAUACUAAAAUAUUAAUCAAAGUAAUAUGGGUAAUAAUUGAUUUUAAGGACAUUUUGUUUACUUUUGCGUGAUAAAGCAGGUCUAAUUCUAGUUGGGAAGUAAUCAUUUUGAACUAUUUGCAAAUAGUAUUUUAAAUACAUGCACUAUUAUUUGUAUGUAUAAUAUGUUGAAAACGCGAAACGCUUCUUUUCUCGUCACAUUCAGAUGAAUCAUGUAAAUGAUACCUUAUUUUCAAUUCAAAAUGGCCAUAUUUGAGGAAGAAAAAGUUGAGUGGUUUGCAUUGCUGGAUAUUACCGUUGGCUGUUUAACAUUUCUGUCGUAAAACAGUUCAAAUAUUAAAUGUUUAGUACUUCCAUCUUACCUCGCUGCUUCACGCUCUGCUUCUGUGAACUGUUAAGCCCCGCCUACUUUGAUUUGAUUGGCGCUGUUAGACCGCUGAGGCAGACCAGCCUAAAAAUGUCACUUUUAAAGCUUUUUGUCAUCCUAACAACAAACAGAGCACUGUGUAAUGGAGAGCAGCAGAUCAGUGCAAGAGUGUCAGAUAUUGAGGGAGGGGACAGUGUGGCCAUUUCUAAUCUUCGGGGAGGACUUGUCCCCCCUAUUGCCUUUGGUGGUUCCGGUCCUGGCCCUGAAGCAAACCCAGCUGAGAACCGCCGAUGUAAAGCAUGCUGUAUUACUGUCUUCUCAUCACGGGGUGUUGUAGUUCCAAUCCUAAGGAUUGAUUAGUUGUCCUGUAACGUGUGCACUUACUGUUCUUUUAAACGUGUGUUGUUUUGCUCAGAUUGAUUGAACUCCUGAUUGAGUGAAUCAGCUGAUAAUGCCUUACAUACCUAAACAUCAAUUCACUCACAUCCAACUGAGCUUUACUCCAGUGAUUUUGCUGUUACGGGUGUGUGUUUGAAUCUAUGCACCUGCGCGAAACGGACAGACCGGAGCAUUCCAGUAUCUUCGUGACUUGAGACACAUUGCGCCUUAAACAAAUGAAUAAAUCUACAUGCUGGUGGGAUUGUGCUACCAUGCCAGUGUUUGAAUGCAAGAUCUGCUUGUGCGUCUGUUAAAUGAAUCGUUCACUCAAAAUGAAAAUUUGCUGAAAAUGCACUCAUCCUCAGGCCGUCCAAGAUGUAGGUGAGUUUGUUUCUUCUUCAGGUUUGGAGAAAUGUAGCACUGCAUCAGUGUCUCAGCAAUGGAUGCUCUGCAGUGAAUGGGUGCCGUCAGAAUGAGAGUCCAAACAGCUGAUAAAAACAUCACAAUAAUCCACACCACUCCAGUCCAUCAGUUAACAUCUGAAGAAGUGAAAAGCUGCGUGUUUGUAAGAAACAAAACUAUCGUUAAGCCGUUUUAACUUCAAACUGUUGCUAUGGCCAAAAUCCUCUAUCCAUGAAAUUGCUUUCUUCAGUGAACAAGUCUAUUCUGACGGCACCCAUUCACUGAGGAUCCAUUGGUGAGCGAGUGAUGGAAUACUACAUUUCUCCAAAUCUCUUCCCAUCUUGGAUCUCCUGAGGGUGAGUAAAUUCUCAGCCAGUUUUCAUUUUUGGGUGAGCUAUUCCUUUAAAUCGGUCUCAUAACAAGACAUAGUAAUUAGCUGGACAGCAAUCAGUUGUCAGUUAUUUCAGAGGUUUAGUUUGUUCUUUGUUAACAAUGAACGGUUACUAAUAUUGUGUCUUAACAGUUUUGUACAUGUAUAAAUUAUGGCAAUUUAUGUUUCUUACUUUUAUUUAUACUUUUCAAAGCAAAAAUUAAAAUAUAUUUAAGAAAUGUUGCUCUAUUUCUCAUUCUUUUCUUUUUUUUUUUUUUUUGCUUUAAUAAAAAAUCAAUAUUUGCUUGGACAAAUCAGUAGCAAUGGCUGAUAACCAAACAUUUGUGACAUUAAUGACUCCCAUAGUAUUUUUUUCCCUAUACUAUGUGGGACGAACGGCUGUUUGGUUACCAACAUUUUUUAAAAUACCCUCUGUGUUCAACAGAAGAAAGAAACGACUUGAGUAAAUGAUGACAGAAUUUUCAUUUUUGGGUGAACUAUGCCUUCGAGUGGAUAUAAAGUCAGUCUGUAAGCGCACACAUUCAAGUAAAGUACAUUGAACAUUGUUCCAGCAUUAUUUCCAGGAAGAAGUAUUCAGAGCGAUGCAGGGGAUGUUGUCACAAAACAACCUAUUAUAGGCUUUCUGCUCACCAAGGCUGCAUAUAUUUGACCACAAACACAAUAAUAUUGUAAAAUAUUAUUACAAUUUAAAAUACCUGUUCUCUAUUUUAAUAUGUAAUGUAAUUUACUAUAUCUUUUCUGACAACAUUUGAAACCUGCAGUAAUAAUUCUGAAAAUUCAGCUUUGAUUACAGCAAUAAAAUACAUUUAAAUUGCAAGAAUAUUUCACAAUAUUGCUGUUUUUACUGUAUUGCUGCCUUGGUUCUUAAUUAAACUUUUGAGUGGUAGUGCACAUGUAACUAUUUACCUCAAGCUGACAUUUAUGAAAGAUACUUGUGAAGAGAGAACAAAGUUAAUGUCAUAUCUAACUGCUGCAUGUGCUUCUGUUAACACCCAUAAUAUCCACCCAUGUUUUUCACUCAUUAUUCUACGCUUGCCAAGUGUCUGUGAGUGUAGAGAACAGACAGAUACACACACUCCACCCAGUUCAGAUCCUGACGUUAUAGCACUGAUGUAAUACAAAAUUAUACAAAAACAAAACUGCACAACAGUGCAAAGAAUAAAACGAUAAUUUACAUAUAAUUAUUACUGGUAAUUAAUAACUGUAAUCAGAAGCCACUGAUACACUGAUUUGUAAUUAUGCAAUGCAAAACAAGGUUAACACUACUUCAUAAGAACUACUAAUAAUAAAUAGCAAUAAUACUGUAAAAUAACAGCAAUAAUGCAGCCCAGAAGGCCAGAAAAAAGGCUUGUUGCUCUGUUGAAGACGCUGGUAAAUGAGAAUCAUCUGUUACGCAGCUCACGAUGGGCAGGUUCACUUCAGCUCAGCACAUCAGAGUGCUUCGUGUCUCAAACGCAUCUAGCUUCACGUUCAGUGAGGAAGAUGGAUUUCAGAGCUGUGAAGUUUCUUUUUUGUGUGAUUUGUCUGGUGCGCUGCAGCCCGGAGCAGAGCUCCACAAAGAAAAAGAAUGGCAAAAAAGAGUCGAACAGUGCUGCUAUCGAGGAGCUGAAGAAACAGAUUGAGCAGAUUGUGCAGGAUCUGAAUCUGCUCAAGGAACAACAAGCUUUACAAACAGUUUGCUUAAAAGGCAUUAAGAUCCCAGGCAAGUGUUUUCUCGUGGACACGACGAAGAAGAGCUUUCACGCCGCCAACGAUGAGUGCAUUGCUAAAGGAGGAACGCUCAGCAGCCCUCUUUCUGGCGACGAGAACGACCAGCUGUACGAUUAUGUGCGGCAGACCGUCGGGCCAGAAGGGCACAUCUGGUUGGGUGUGAAUGACAUACUAAAGGAGGGCGAGUGGACCGACCAGACGGGCUCACCGAUACGCUUCAAGAACUGGGAAUCAGAGAUCACCCAUCAGCCCGAUGGAGGCCGCGGCCAGAACUGUGCCAUCCUGUCCAGCACGGCCAACGGGAAGUGGUUCGACGAGGACUGCCGUGGAGAAAAGGCGUCUGUCUGCCAGUUCAACAUCGUCUAAGCCACUCGUGCUAUAAAAUGAUGGAUUAGACAGACAUUUUCAGUAGAAUGUGUAGCACAAAGUUUAGUUAAAGGUACAAUAUGUAAGAUGUUUGCAUUAAAAUGUCUAAAAACCA